AUGGCUCCAAAGAAGAACCUUGAGAACGCUCGCGCCGCUCAGUCCUCUAAGGCAUCAGAUUCGAAAGGCACGCGCGCCUCAGCUCGAAUUAAUCAGCAGAAGUCAGCUUCUGAGGAGAGCGAUCUGGCCUCAGAUACUCUAUCGAAGCCAGUCGCUGAGGCACCCCGCGAGAGCCCUUGCGCUAAUUGCAUCCUUAAGUAG